GAGUUGCCGCAAGCUAACGCCAGCUGUUAUAAAAGACUCUUGCUUCACUGUUACUUUAUCCUCAGGAUUUUGGCCGCUUGCACUUCAUGUUGUAUCUGCUUCUUCUAUGCUUUUUUUAAUAUGUUUACUGAAACAAUGUUCUCUACUUAAUCAUCUGUGUGGCAGGCAUCACCACAGCUCAUGCACCAAGCAAAUUCCACCAUUACAGACUUGCAUCCCCCUGGUCUCAUCGCUACAGUCCAGGAGCAAUACUCACCUACUUGAUUCUGGCAUGGGUGGGGCUGAGCAAACCAAGCUACGGAUCUUGUGUCUUCAUGGAUACAGGCAAACUGGCACCACCUUCAGGGAAAAGACAGGAGCUUUCAGGAAGCUGCUGAAGAAGCAUGCAGAGUUUGUGUUUGUGACAUCGCCAGUGAGAGUGCCACCACUGACACCAGGCAGUGAUGGGGGUGAUAAGGACGACGGUGGAUGUGGGUGGUGGUUCAGUCAGCCCAAUGAUUACUUCAAGGCCCAGGAUGAGUCCGAGUGUGUGAAAGGAUACAAUGAUUCUCUGAAGGCUGUAGUAGACUUUGUGAAUGAAAAUGGGCCCUUUGAUGGCCUCCUGGGCUUCAGCCAAGGAGGAGCCAUGCUAGGCCUCCUCUGUGGUCUCCAGCAACAGGGAAACCUACCCUUCUCUUUCAAGUUUGCCAUCUUUGCCUCAGCCUUUAAGUCACGUUCCUCACCACACCAAGCACUCUACUCAGAGAAGAUAACUCUGCCCACCCUACAUGUGUUUGGUGAAGAAGACCAGGUGAUACAGAAACACAUGAGUGACGAGUUCCUGCAGUACUUCCAUGAGCCUCAGACACUGGUGCAUCCUGGAGGUCACUUCAUCCCUGCCACAGGGGCACAAAAGGCCACCUAUGUCACCUUCCUGGAGAAAAUGGCACAGCUGACAUAACUUAAGUGAAUUUUGAAGCAAUCUUUAAGACUGGAUGCACUGAAAUGACUGGUCAGAGAGAGAGAGAGAGAGAGAGAGAGAGAGAGAGAGAGAGAGAGAGAGAGCUGAUAUGCACUACAGUUGAUGACAAGUGAAUACUGAUGAUUAAAAUGGAUGAGAAGAAAAGUGAUACCCGUGUUAAUUUUUAGGAAUAUGAUUACUAAGUUGGCAUGAUUGAUUGGAUGAAUGGAAAUAACAUAGCAUAGCUAAUUACCAAGGUAACGUGACUGCUUGGGAAGAAGUGAAGGAGUAUCCAAGAUUUCUUUAAGCAAAAUGUAGCACAGAUGACAGAUUGACAUAAUGUGAUUGAGACAAAUAAAGACAAUAUGUAAUAAAUGAGAUGACAGAUCAAUGGAAUGACAUUGUUAGUGUGGAAAAAAUAUCUUAAUAAACUUGAUUCUCUUCAUUUAA